GUCCCGGGCUUCCCGCGCCGGGAACUCAUGCUGCUAGCCCCGCCCUGGCCCCGCCCUCCGCGCUACUGUCACCACCACCCGGAAACUGCCCCGGCCGCCCCGGGCUCCGCCCACCCCGAGGCGGGAACCCACGCGGGCCACUUACAAGCCCGCCCUUUCCUACGUCUGGUCCAGUCGGUCUUCCUCCGGCCCGGGCCCUGGCCUAGCUAGCCAGCCAUGGAGGGUAAUGGCCCCGCUGCUGUCCACUACCAGCCGGCCAGCCCCCCGCGGGACGCCUGCGUCUACAGCAGCUGCUACUGUGAAGAAAAUAUUUGGAAGCUCUGUGAAUACAUCAAAAACCAUGACCAGUAUCCUUUAGAAGAAUGUUAUGCUGUCUUCAUAUCUAAUGAGAGGAAGAUGAUACCUAUCUGGAAACAACAGGCGAGACCUGGAGAUGGACCUGUGAUCUGGGAUUACCAUGUUGUUUUGCUUCAUGUUUCAAGUGGAGGACAGAGCUUCAUUUAUGAUCUCGAUACUGUCUUGCCAUUUCCCUGCCUCUUUGACACUUAUGUAGAAGAUGCCUUUAAGUCUGAUGAUGACAUUCACCCACAGUUUAGGAGGAAAUUUAGAGUGAUCCGUGCAGAUUCAUAUUUGAAGAACUUUGCUUCUGACCGAUCUCACAUGAAAGACUCCAGUGGGAAUUGGAGAGAGCCUCCGCCGCCGUAUCCCUGCAUUGAGACUGGAGAUUCCAAAAUGAACCUGAACGAUUUCAUCAGUAUGGAUCCCAAGGUAGGAUGGGGUGCUGUCUACACACUAUCCGAAUUUACACAUCGGUUUGGCAGUAAAAACUGCUGAACUUGGCCUCAGGAUGUGGAACUGUGGAGAAAUUCUAGGACAUGAACAAGCUAUCCUUUCAUCGAGGACAGCAAACAUUAUGGUACAGUUGGCUUGGAAUUAUGUCUUUCUCUUUUAAUUUGAUUGAGUGGAAAUCUGAGUGAAUACAAAUAUAAAUGAACAACAUAAAAACUUUUGACAUGUCAAAUUGAAACUUGAUAAAGUGCGUACUUGCUAAGAUAUUCCUGUGGCUCAUGUGUUAAAACAUGAGGACUUAAGCCAGUAAUCGUUUUUGUUCAGAUAGAGGUGUGGAGGUAGAGCCAGCCCCUCAUGUCUGUUCUGGAUAUUUUGUGUCUCUCCAGCUACAUUGUAAGCUCCUUGAGGGCAGGGCCAUGGCCCAUUGCUCUGUGAAUCUCAAAUGCCCAUAAAAGGUGCCCAUAAAAUGUUUUCUUGAAUAUUUGAAUGUGCUGUUGUCUGGAAAGGGGUAAUAUUGUGAGCUGAAUCAGCAAUAAGUAUUAGUCUUUUUGGACUAUGGUAUUGUUAAAAAGAUUGCAGCCCUCUCAGACUUGAGUGUUAAUUGGCUUAUUUAUUUAUGGCUUUAAAUAAAAUUGAUUUAACAUU